AUGCUGGAUAUAUCUCCAACCUUUGCGCUGUGGCAUAACACUUCGAUAAAUGAAGAAGAUGAGCUAGACACACCAUUGACUCUUGCAUUAAGGAGGAGGGCCUGGGGUAUAAGCUGUGUCCUUAUCUCCUUUGGGGCAAAAAUACCGGCAACACCUUACCUUCAGUCUAUUCUUGCGGCUGCUACUCGGGACCUUGAUUACGAGAUUAUGGAUGUUCUCCUUGGCCAUGGAGUGUCCCCAAAUGAAGACGCUGCCCUUGUGCUAGUAAGUGAGAUGGUUGGCCAUUUUCACGACCAAUCCCCUGGUCAUGAAGGAUCAUCUUCGUCUCAUAGAAAGUCACUUAAAGAGAUUGCACAAGCCUUUCCGCGCAUUUUGGUUAGCCUAAAGUCAGCCGGAGUAAACGUGAAUUUUCAAAGCCCAUUUACAGGCAUGACUCCUCUCCUAGCAGCUAGAAGCAUUCCAAUGGCAGAAAUCACACUUGCGCUUUUGGAGGCGGGUGCAGACGCCUUCCAUGCCUGCGGAGAGACAUCUGAUUCCGUUUUGACCGCCGCAGUCUUCAAUAAUCCUGAGCCAUUAAAGCAUCUAACCGCACAUGUCUCCAUCUCACCCAAACCAGACCACUGGACGCGUCACCUAUGUUCUCCGACUCCCUCUGAUAUAAAGGACAUCUUUUGCCGCAUCUGUAAUGCGUUGGCGCAAUUCGGGAGGUUGGAUUCUCAGAAUUCCAUGAGUCAGACCCUGUUGCAUCUCGCCGCAAUGAGGGGAAACACCGACUUGGUUGUCAGCUUGUUGGACCAUGGAGCUCAUGCAAACAUACCCGAUAAAGAUGGAUGGUUUCCUAUCCAUCAUGCUGGGUUCUCACGCGACUAUUGCAAACUAUCUGAUCGACUGAAACGGCGACAUCAUCACGAUACACUAUGGCAUCUUCUGCCCGUUAACAUCGUACAACGGACUUCCAAUCAUCACCCCUAUCGUUCUCGCGAGACUGGACUCCGGCUUGGGGAUCAAGUCAUCUGUCAAGAAAUAGCAGAAAAGAGAAAUAAUUAUGGAAAUACAAUGCUUGAAGAAGCUUUGAUUACUGGUGACGAGAUCAUGUUCUCGCAUCUCCUUAGACUCGUGGCCGACGUGAACUCCUGCAUCAGUUUUUGUCGGAAACACCAUUCUAUUCUCCAUGCCGCGGUAUCUCGUGCCAAUUUUGGGAAUGUAGUGUCUUUGUUGCUGUCGCGCGGUGCUGAUAUAGAAGCGGCCGGUAUCGACGGCUGGCGUCCAUUGCAUGUCGCUGCAUACUGGGGCAAUGUUGCUAUCGUUGAAAGGCUGAUUACUGCCGGAGCCAGCAUACAUGUCCCCACAAGACGGUUGGAUAUGUGCCAUGGUAGACUUCCUAAUCCUGAUGAAAAGGAAUGGAACGGUCAACCACUUCAUCUGGCUGCAAUGGGUGGUCACGUCGCUGUGGUUGAGCUCCUUCUGAAGCACGGUGCAGAUGUAAAUGCGACCACUAACCACUUUGAAAGGCCUACUGGAUGGUAUGGACCGACUGCUUUACACAUCGCUUUGGACCGCGUGAGGCUGCAAAGGGAGAAAGGGAGUACAAACCGGUUGAAGGUUGCUAAUAUACUGGUAGAAAAUGGAGCUUGUGUGGAGGGUGUUGUGGAUCAAUUGCAAGUAGACGACAUUCCGUGUUUCGAGAACUUUGAACAACUCUGGGACAGGCUUCGAGGCUAUACUAAAUAG